AUGGAGUGUCCAGCUGAGGAUUUCCAGCAUCCCGAAAAAAGUUAUAAAAAACCUUUAUUUUGGGCCAGGGACGGCGCGUUUCCAACCUCACAAACAGACAAAUGGGCCCAUAUCAAAGACCAUGAGAUUGGGGCUCCAGGUUCCAAGCCUCAUGAGUUAUGUUGGAUCUGCGGCUGGACAAACUAUCAGCAGUAUUUUUCGACAUACGUGUCAAGGGUUAAGGUUUUCCACAACCGAGACAACACUGCCCUAUGGAACCUGGGACCAAAGUUGAUUUUGAAGGACGCUCCAAACGAUGGCUACUCACCGGGGAACGACUACAUCACGCAGAAGUUCCUUCGUGCCCAACCGAACUUGAAAAACAUUCCUCUUGUCAAGAAAAUGGAACUCCUCAGCGAACCUACCGAUAAAACCCAGUUUGUGGUUAUGAGCCGCGCGGAGGGGAAGCCGCUUGGCGACCUAUGGUUUGGUCUAUCGCAAGACCAGAAGGACCAUGUUCGGGACCAACUUGUGGCUUUCCUCAGAGAGUUGAGACAAUUCACAGCCUCUGGGGCUCAGACUGUUGACGGUGGCCCGCUUGAUGACCUUCUCGUUGCAAAUUGUUCGGUUGUCAAACCAAAGUGUCUAAAGAUCGGUUUCAACAACGAUGAAUGGUUUGAAAAUUUCUCAACAGAAGUGAAACUUGGCAUAGCUUUGCAGUUAAAAACCAAGGAUCCAGAAAAAAUCGACGCAAGGUUUCAAGAACUCAAAUCGAAUUUUCCAAAGUCAGAACCAUACGUCCUCACGCACGGGGAUUUGACCUUUGGCAAUAUCAUGGUAAAGGAAGAUGACCUGACCAUAACCGCAAUUAUUGACUGGGAAUAUGCUGGAUACUAUCCGUGGUGGGCAGAGCGUUGGUUGUGUUUGAAACAAAACCGAGAUGGAAGUCAUGAGCUUACUGAGAGCGUGUUCGAAGUUUUACACCAGCCAUCUGGGGAUCUUGAUACCUUCAGAGAACAAGCUCAUCGCAAGAUCCUACCGGUGACAGAUGCUUGGGACCAUUGCACCAAACAGCACCCAGGGUAUCGGAAUAAGUGGUUUCGCUCAGAAUUCUCCGAGAGUGAACCUUACGCAGGGACUUUUCGGCUGUGCCAGAUGGGUGGUCUCACGGAAAAAAGAGAGCACGUACUAAAUACAGACGCCUUGGACCGGGUGACGUCAAAAGAUCCUAAGUCUCACCGUCUAUACCUUUAA